AUUAUUAUCACUGUAUACUGAAAUCUGCAGUCUGUGGGCAAAUGACAGAAGUUUGACCGAUACAAAUCAAAACAUUCAUUCGUAAAUGUCUAAUGAAUGUCUACACUUUUAUUUUGUUAUACUACGUAUAAAAUCACUCGAAUACGACAAAAUUGAUCAAAGCAUGAAUAUUGUGAGACCAAAAUUAAUUAUAUGUAUGAAAUGUGUGUGAUUCCUGAUGUAUCACAACAUGAAUAGUGCCAGGUCCGGAACAUUCUUAGAAGGAAGGUAACGAUCAACGUCUCAACGGCUAACUAUUCUGCUGUCUUGAUAUUGAAAGAAGAGCAAACAAUGAAAACAUGUGAUUUGCUUAAUUUUUAAAGAUACUUUAAUUAAUUAUGGUCGUUACUACUAACACGGACGGUGCAAUGAGCACUUCCGACGCUGGUGAGAAGACCUACCCGGCCGCAAACUGUUACUGCAAAGAUUAUAUUCGCGGUUGUUGCACUCGAGAAAACUGCAGAUUCAUACACGUAAUACCUCCGAAGUCAUGUUUAAAGGAACUGUUCAGAUUUUGUCAUGAUUUUCAAAACAAAGGAUGUUAUAGACAAAACUGCAAAUUCAUACACAGCUCAGUAGAAGAAGAAGAAAAUUUUUAUGCUACAGGCAAGUUUCCCCAUAGUACGCGAAAUGCACCAGUGUGUCAGGCUUAUACAGUGAAUGCCUGCAACAAUCAAGAUUGUCAAUAUUUACAUCCACCUGAUGUGAGUGGACAUGAAAUUGUUCCCAUACACAAUGUACCCCCACCUCACCAGUUCACUCACCCACCGCCACCUCUGAAAGACGACGAUUCUCCUCCAGAAGCGAAAUUAAGAAGAUUUACAUAUGAAGAAAAUGGUAUUGAAAACCAAGUUUUAUCAACACAAAAUUUGUGCUCAAAUUGUGAAAAUUUAGACCAUAAAAUAAAGUUACUACAUGACAACAUUAGUGUGCUUUUGAAAAAAAUUGCAGAUUUAACAGAAAAGAAUGUGCAGUUAACUUCUAUGAAUGAAUUUUUAUUGGAACAGGCUGCCACUGUGAGAACUGGCCAGCCCUGUGUGAUCACUUCAAGACAUGGCACUUCAGCACCUGUAUCCCUGGCAACUGUCAGUGUGACACCAGUAGUGAGCCUGGCAGGAGCACUACCUACGUUAGUUCCUGCUGCAGCAACUCCUAAUUUGGCAUUGGCUCCUGCAGCCUCUCGAGCACAAUUAUUAACUCCUGCUCCACAAAUCUUAACAGUGAGCACGACACAACAGUUAAUGGGGAAUUCUGGUGCACUCAUAGUCACUAGUGCUGGAGCUCAACAAUUGAUGCAUGUCAGUGAUUCUGGUACACUCAUGGGUGGAGGGCAAACUGUUGUAGCAGUACCAGCUCAGUUGACUUUGGCACAACCUGCACAGCAACUUAUGAGCAAUGCAUCACAAACUGCUGUUCAACAACUUGUCCAGCAAUCAGCUCUACAACCACAACUAGGUCCUCAGCACCAAGCCACUCAGUAUGCAACCCAGCAAUCAGUACAACACUUGGCUGCAGCUCAGCAAUCUGCUCAGCAUCUUGCACAACAGUCAGCUCAACAUUUAGCUGCUCAGCAAUCUGCUCAGCAUUUGGCAGCCCAACAGUCAGCCCAACACUUGGCAGCCCAACAGUCUGCACAACAUAUGGCAGCACAACAGUCUGCACAACAUCUAGCUGCCCAGCAAUCUGCACAGCAUUUAGCAGUUCAACAAUCGGCACAACAUUUGGCAGCACAGCAGUCGGCACAGCAUUUGGCUGCACAGCAAUCAGCUCAACACUUGGCUGCACAGCAGUCUGCUCAGCAUUUAGCUGCACAGCAGUCGGCUCAACACUUAGCUGCUGCAGCACAACAAUCGGCGCAGCAACUAGCUGCGGCUGCCCAGCAAUCGGCGCAGCAAAUGGUGGCGCAGCAGUCGGCACAGCAACUGGCGGCUCAGCAGUCCGCCCAGCAACAGCUGGUACCCUCUGCGCAGCAGUUAGUCCAUCAAACAUCUACUCAGCAAAUUACUAUCUCUAGCACUAGUCAGCCCAUGGCAUUAAGUAAUUCUCAGGCUCAGCCUAUUACAUUCCCUAUGAUAUCACAAAGUAUUCUGCCCCAUUAAAAAAUGAUCAAUAAUUUUAUAGUUAUUGUUAAUCAAUCAUUCAUCAUUAUGGUAGUUAAUUAGUUAUGAGGCAUAGCAGUCUGAUGCUUAAAUGCAAGAAUUUAAAUAAUAUGUAAAUGAUUCUCCAAAAUAAUGUUGCUUGUCGAGAAUUUAUUGUGCUUAUAAACAAUAACGAAAGCAGUAUUUUUAUGAUAUUAUUGUAGGAGGAAUCUAGGUAGACUGUGCACGCCUAACAUAGUAUAUUGUUUAUGUUAAAGGCACCCUGAUGAUAAUUAGUUCAAGGUGAGUGUGUGCUGAUAUUACUUCAUGAUCUUACAGGGAACAUACUGCGCUUUGUUCUAAAUUUGCAAAUCUCUGGUGUAAUAGUGUCCUAAGAUUGUUUUUGUUUUUAUUUUAUAGUUUCUAACUAUUAAAUUGAACAACCUUUGUGUCUAUGUAUGACAAUGGACUUACACUGUAUUUUUAAGUGGUGUGUUGCUUUGUAUACGAUAAAUAAUGUUAGUAAUUGUUUGUUUUCAUUAGUUAUAUCAAUUUGUUUUAAUACCUAGACUGAGUAAAGCAAUCAAAUGGUAUUCUUAAUACAUUAUGUAUACCAGUACGAACUUACCAAUAUUGCUGAUUGGCUUUAGAGGACUAAGAAAUUAGGCAUGUACCUAUUCAUGUAAUUUAUUUUUAAUAUUAAAAUUUAAAUACUUCAAAA